CUUCUACAUCCGAGCUGUUUGGGUUCUUCAUUCAAUUUUGGGCCCCCACUACCGCAAAGGCAGUGAAUCAAAGGAUGCCUCAGCUCACUAAGUCUUUCUCCGAUCAGAACCAUUCAAGUAAAGCAAGACAGCACGCUAGAGGACAAUUCCACAAGAACAAGAGUUUUCAAGGACCUCAAACUACAAGAUCCGAGUCGAAGCCACUUCAGGAGAAGCCCCCGAUCCCAGUCUCGACUGCCACCAAGAACAAGCUCAGUGCAUUUCACUUCGACGGACAAGCGAACAAAGAUGAUACAAAGCAAGUGGUAAAUCUGCAAUCGGAUGAUGAGAAGGAGAAUAAGGGGGCAAAGGGGAGGGAACCUGUGACAGAAAAGGUUAUUGGGGGACCAAAGGCAUCUCAAGAGCAGCCAACGCUUCCAACCUCGGCCAGAAAGCCAUUCCCAUCCACACCAGCAGGCAGAUUGGCUUUGCCAGACUUGAUUGGCAUGGGCGAUGUACAACGGCCUGUGCAGAGUGUGUCCCCAGAUGAGCGGAUAGAAUGGGACCGGAAGGAGAAAGGGCUUGGGUCUGAGUCAUUUGGAGUGAUUCGCAGGGCAAGAAAAAGAGCACGAAGCUCCUCACCAACAGGAUCUUCACCCGCUCGCGCUCUACACCCACAAGUUGACCCAGGAUCCGAGUUAUGGGGGCGUUACUCGUUUAGCGGACCCAAUGCACCAACACCUCAAGGACCAUCCGUUCCUGCCCUCGCACACCUCAUGCAAACAUCGUCACCUCAACCCACAAAAGAAGGAGCCACACCUCGAUCAGGGAAUAGUUUAAGAAGGGCCAAUAGUUGUGGCAACCAAUUUCCCAAGCGGAGGAGGAUUGGAGGUUCCCAGAAUGACGAUGUCUUCACUGAAUCAGCUGCUAUCGGGCCCUCCAAGCUCUCUGUCUUAAUUGAGAGAGUAGCGGAAGGCUUGUCACAACCACAAGGCGCGACGCCAGCAAAUGACCGAACAGAUUUUCAAAGCGACCGCAUGUGUUCAGAAGUCGAGGACGACUCCCCAAUUCAACAGAGCCGACUUCGAGAAAGCGAGUCUGCGCCGAAACACGGCUUCGAGGAGCAUCCUACAGCACAGCCAGAUGUAGACGCACUUCCUGCUCUACCGGACCAUUCAGACUCUUCAGACUAUGGGGAUUUUGAGGACGACGAGUUUGAUGACUGCCUACUUGACGUUUCCGACCCGAGUGCCCAGGUGAACUCAGCUCCAAUUUUCGCUCCAGAUCCGCCUCCACAGGCCCGCUCAGCGGUCAGAUUAGAGACGAACCUGCCGGCUGUGGCUUUCUCUAGACUAGCUGAGCCUGUCCCUGCUCCUCAAGUGGAAAAGGAUGAAUUUGACGAUUCAGACGAUGAUAUGUUCGAGGCUGGUCUAGAGCACAUUGCAUCCCAAUUUGAUCCACAGAUUUCCAUUGCGAAGCGAACAUCGCCUAUGGUAAAGGAUGGCAGUGGAAGUGCUCGGCAGAUGAGAAGAGUACCGUCCAAAGCAGAAUCGGAAGAUGAGUUUGGUGAUGGAGGUCUAAAUGAUGACGAUUUUGAAGCUGCUGAAGUUACUGCAACACAAGCUAUCCAACAGACUGGCAAUAGUCUUUUACCUUCCACACAAAAAGCAGCCAUUCAAAGGUAUCUUGUUACCACUAUAAUUGAAUCCGAGUUUGAAAAUGUGAGGGGUCGCAUGCAACAAGAGAAGGUUCUGAUUCUCCAAGCCGAGGGCUCGAAGAUACCCAGGGCAGUCCACCUGAGAGGUAUCUGGGUAGAGACACCAGUGACAGUUCAAGCAUUUGUUCAUGUCAUUGGCCUUUUCGAUAAUCAUGGACAGUGUGUUGUUGACGACAACGUCAACUUGUUGAUCCUCCAUCCAGAUCAUCUCAUCUCGUCAACGGUAGUUGCAGACUCGUUUGGCUGUACUCGCCGAGCUGUCCUUCAAGAUCGAGUCAAAGCGACAAGUGACUCUAGUGCCCCCUUGGUGUAUGGCACAAUCUUACAUGAGAUUUUCCAAGCAGCCAUGCUAGAGAAUCGGUGGGACUCGGAGUGGCUCGGAACACUCAUUGAGAAAACAGCUAUCCGUCACCUAGAGGAGCUGUAUAAUAUCAAGAAACAGGUGCCGGAUGCUGUGGAGCACUUGACGAGCAAGAUGCCCGAGCUACAGGGAUGGGCAGAAUUGUUUAUUUCUUCGCAACCAAAUCCGGACGCAAAGGUCAAAGCUAAUAAUGGAGAGACAGCUACUAUGUGUGUCAGCAAGCUUCUGGAUGUGGAAGAACACGUAUGGUCUCCUAUGUAUGGCCUAAAGGGUAACAUCGACGCUACUGUUCAGGUGACCAUGCAAGAUGGCGCUGAACAUCGAACGCUGACCGUCCCUUUCGAAGUGAAGACAGGAAAAAAUCCGUCUGCAGCUCAUCGAGCCCAGACAGCACUUUACAACCUCCUUUUAUCCGAUCGAUAUGAUGUCGAAAUUGCGUACGGCAUCCUGUAUUACAUGGAAACCUCAGAGACGAUCCGAAUUCCUGCAAUCCGACAUGAACUUCGACACAUGAUUAUGCAGCGGAAUGAACUCGCUUGCUUCGUGCGAGAACGCCAUGCUCAACUUCCUCCUAUGUUGAAGAAAGAAAACAUGUGCAAUCGAUGCUACGCGAAAGUUCCCUGCUUCAUCUACCACAAACUCGCAGAUGAUGGUGAUGGAGAGACAAGUGGAAUGAAAGCUAAAUUUGACGAGGUUGUCAAGCACCUCACGCCCAAACACAAGGAGUUCUUUCUGAAGUGGGACGACCUACUUACUAAGGAAGAGAAGGAAAGUCUUAAAUUUCGCCGAGAACUUUGGACUAUGCUCAGCUCUGAGCGUGAGAAGCUGGGCAGAUGCUUCUCCAAUGUCAUCAUUGAGCCUGGUUCGGCAUACGAGGAAAAGGACAAUCCCAAGAUCAAUCGAUACAGAUACAGUCUUGUCAAGCCAGACCCACCACCAGGAUUUUCUUUCCUUGAUUCCCAAAUCAUAGUCGGAGAACCAAUCGUCAUCUCUGAUGAAAAAGGACAUUUUGCUCUUGCAAACGGAUUUGUCACUCAUGUUCGGAAGAAGCGUGUCACUGUAGCUGUUGAUCGCCGACUGCACAAUGCUCGCAUUCGUCAACCUGGAUUUGAUGAGAUUGAGAAUCAGGUCUUCGCUAGCAUCAUGGAAGUAGCACCUGAGGGCUCCUCACUGGAAGAGGCAGACGGGAAAAUCAAGGAAGAUCCUAUAAGAUAUCGACUGGAUAAGGACGAGUUCAGCAAUGGCAUGGCGACAGUCCGAAAUAACCUCAUCCAGGUCAUGUCAGAUGGUUCGUUUGGGUCUCGACACAUCCGCGGCUUGGUCGUUGACCUCAAUGAACCUCGCUUCAAGACUCAGGCUACCGCAUACGUCUUGCAGGACCGUGAGAAUAUCAACAUUGAUCAGAGAAGGGCGAUCCAGAAAGUGAUGAGUGCUGAAGAUUAUGCUCUAGUCCUUGGUAUGCCCGGAACCGGCAAGACCACCACGAUUGCCCAUAUCAUCCGAGCUCUGGUUUCCCAAGGCAAGACAGUGCUCCUCACAUCAUACACUCAUACUGCGGUCGACAAUAUUCUGUUGAAGCUGAAAGAUGACAGUAUCCCGAUUCUUCGCCUGGGGGCAAUCGCGAAAGUUGCCAUGGAAGUUCAAGAAUUUGCGACAAUGGCAGCGACCACCAAAACAUCCUUCGAGGAGAUCAGACACGCGUGGCAUGACACCCCCAUCGUCGCUACCACUUGUCUUGGUAUAAACCAUGCCAUAUUCAGCGAACGUACCUUCGAUUAUUGUAUUGUCGACGAAGCCUCUCAGAUCACCCUCCCUGUUUGUUUGGGACCCAUUCGCCUCGCUAAGACAUUCAUCCUCGUUGGCGAUCACAACCAGCUUCCACCACUUGUCCAAAACAAAGAAGCCCUCACAGGCGGUCUAGAUAUAAGUCUUUUCAAGCACCUCUCCGACAUGCAUCCCAGCUCGGUCGUCUACCUCGAACACCAGUACCGUAUGUGCGAAGAUGUCAUGGCACUGAGCAACAAUCUCAUCUAUCAGGGACGUCUCAAAUGCGGUAGUCAAGAAGUAGCCAACAGCCGGAUAUCAAUCCCCAACAUCGACGCCCUCAAAUCCCACCACUACACACCUUCCACUCUCUCCCUGGCUCCCAAAUCAUUCUGCGCAGACGGCGCCAACUCCAAUUCAUGCUGGAUUCGCCACCUAGUUGACCCUUUGACAAAAGUCUCCUUCAUCAACACCGACCCACUGCUUCCCCUCUCCCGCGAAGAAGCAAAAGGCAACCGCAUCGUGAACCCGACUGAAGCAACCAUCUGCACCCAACUAGUCGAGUCCCUCCUCACAGUCGGCGUCCCCGCCUCCAGCAUCGGCAUCAUGACACACUACCGCUCUCAGCUCUCCCUCCUCAAACACAGCAUGCGCUCGCACCCAGAGCUAGAAAUGCACACCGCAGACCGGUUCCAAGGCCGCGACAAAGACGUCAUCAUCCUCUCCCUCGUGCGUAGUAAUGAAGCUCGGUCGAUCGGUGAGCUGUUGAAGGAUUGGAGGAGGAUUAAUGUCGCGUUUACGAGGGCGAAGACGAAGUUGCUGGUUGUGGGAAGUAAGGAGACGCUUGGUGGGUUUGCGAAUGCGGGAAAGCACGAGGGGGAAGGUGAGGAGGAGAUGGAGAUGGUGGGUAGGUUUGUCAAGUUGAUGGAUGGGAAGGGGUGGAUCUUUGAUUUACCGAAGGAUGCGCUGACGGAUCAUGUCUUUGAGGUGGGAAAGACGCAGACCCAGACUCAAGGUGCUGGGAGUGGGAGGACGACGAGUGCCAGUCAAGGGGCGCCGCUUGGUGUCAAGACUGAUAACUUAGGCGGCGCUGGUGGAGGAAAUGCACUUACCGCUGAACUGGAGAGGAAGAGAAAGGGUCUGAAUGAGAGUGGCACUUAUGGCAAGGAGAACGUGGGGCUGAAUCGCAGUCCGAUAUCGAUUAUGAAGAGUGCUGCUGGGAAUGGCAGAUCUUCACUGGGACAACUAAGACAGCCCAUGAAGAGGGUAACGGGUAUGAAGCCGUUCAAGCAGCCGAGUAUGAUGAGUACGACGAUGGAUAUCAUCAAUGAUGCGAGGUCUUGA